AUGUACUUGGGCAUCUCGCAAGCCGCGAUCAGUUCCGUACUGGUCCGAGAUGACGCGGGGACACAACGCCCGGUGUACUACGUGAGCAGAGCCCUCCGAGGUGCCGAGCUCAGGUACUCACCCACGGAAAAAGCAAUCUUCGUCAUGGACACCACGUCCAAGAAGCUCGGCCAUUACUUCCAAGCACACCCCGUGCGGGUCCUCACCAACCAACCCCUCGAGGCGGUACUAAGGGCCUCGGGGUCGGGAAGCGGGUUGAUCAAGUGGUCCACGCGGCUGAGCCAAUACAACGUCCAGUUCAAGCCCCGACCCGCGAUCAAGGGGCAGGCACUCACCGCCCGAGAGGCCACCGAGCUAGCCCGGAGCGAUGAAGAUGAUUGGUGGACCUUGUCCACGGACGGUUCGUCCGGCCCUAAGGGGUGUGGCGGAGGGGUGGUCCUCGUAACCCCGGAAGGGUUCCGGACCUACUACGCCCUUUGUUUCCACUUCAAGCUGUCCAACAACGAGGCCGAUAAUGAGGCGCUACUGGGCGGCCUCAGGCUCGCGCUGGGUCUGAGGGCCUCCAAAGUAAGGGUGCGUUGCGACUCCCGGCUGCUGGUUGGACAGGUAAACGGCGAGUUCGAGGCCAACGAAGAGAGGAUGAGGAGAUACCGUGACGUGGUACUCCAGCUCCUAGGUCAAUUGACCCUCUACGAAAUUUUGCAGUACAAAAGAACGGGCACCCUACCAGCAGACGAGGCAGACGCCAAGGCAGUCAAGUGGAGGUCACCAACAUACGUUCUCCUUGGUGACACCCUUUACAAAAGGUCCUACAACGGCUCCGUCCUCCGAUGUUUAUACCCAGAAGAAGCCAAGUUCGUCAAGGAGAAGAUACACGAGGGCACCUGCGCAGCACACCAAGGAGCAUUCGCCACGGCGAGGAGGGCCCUAUUGCAAGGGUACUUUUGGCCAAAGAUGGCCAAGGAGUGCGCGGAGUACGCCAGGGGGUGUCCGACCUGCCAGCACUUCCACGCAGAGCCAGGUCGACUAGCAACCAGCUACACGCCCAUCAGCACGGUGAUCCCGUUCUCACGAUGGGGGAUCGACAUCGUCGGGGCUCUACCCAUGGGGUCCGCAAAGAGGAAGUACAUAAUGGUCGCCAUAGACUAUUUUACUAAGUGGGUCGAGGUGGAGCCCCUCGCCACCAUAACCAGCACCCGGUGCACAAAGUUCAUACGCAGGAACAUUCUGUACCGCUUCGGGGUCCCCAUGCAAAUCAUCUCUGACAAAAGGCGUCAAUUUGAGAGCAAAGAAUUUAAGGCGUUCUGCGACCAAUGGUACAUAAAACACACCCGCGUGACGGUGGCGUACCCACAGGCAAACGGACAGGUGGAGAACGCCAACAGAAUAAUAGUGGACGGCAUAAAAAAGAACCUGGGCGCAGCCGGAGGAACGUGGGUGGAGGAGCUGGACACCGUCCUAUGGGUGUACCGCACCACCCCAAGAAGGGCCACCAGGGAGACACCGUUCGCGUUAGUAAACGGUUUCGAAGCACGAGCACCCACCGAAGCCGUAAUACCAUCCUAUCGGGUCUCGAUGUACGACCCCGACCUCAAUGAGGGGACACCACGCCGGUGA